GGUAGACGGCGUCCUCUCUCUAUAGCUGAGCUAUCCACCUGUCGAGCCCAGCGCUCCAAUUCUCUUCGACUUUCGACUGGUCAUCCUCAGAGCGGGCUUCCCUCACCCUCCUGCGAAAAGCACUCUCAAACACUCUCAGAAUCAAGUCAGAAUUAUGGCCUGCCGGACACUCUCUAUCUUCUCUGUGUUUCUCUCUAUCCUCCUCGCUGGCCAAGCUGCGGCCUUCAUGCGACCCGCUCCCCAUUCAAAGCCCACACCCGUUACGCGUAACGAGAGGAUCGCACGGUCACAAGAGCGCCUGCAGAGGAGACAAAUGGCGAGCGUGACUACCUCAGCCUGGGCCCCAAUUGAGACCAAGCUCCAAACGUACAAUGUCACGACAUCUUUCGGUACCGAAAUAUGGCAAUGCCUUACCAUCCUCACCCCCACCAUCGAUGCCUCAGGGGAGCUGGCAUACGAAGAAGACCAGUCCUGCACCUUCACCCUCAUCGCCGACCCCGGUGUGAACCCCGCCACGCUCCCCGCGCCCUCCGCCCCUUCUGGCGUCCUCACCCCAGACUCGAGCCCCCUUGCAACGAUCCAGAGUGCGCUGUCUAUGACCCCUACCCUCUCCGCAACAGCUGCGGGGGCAACGAUCAUCACAUCUGUUGACUCUGCGGGUGAUACCACCUUCCUGAUCCCUGCAGGGAUGACCUCAGCUCUGGCAGGUGGAGCACCAGGAACAACAACGACCGUCUUUCCUUCGUCAGCGACGGCCAGUGCAGGAUCUGCGUCUGUUGGUGGUCAGCAGGCGGGUGACCAAGGCGCGAGCAUCGUUGGCACGAGCUCCAUCCCAAUCUCACAGGUCGUCCCCGCUUCCUCCUCCAUCCCGACGGCCUCCGCUUCCUCAGACUCGGCCAGCUCAUCAACAGACUCGGCAAACCCCACCGCUCAGCUGAGCAGCAUCCUCCUGCCCAGCUCGACAGCCCUGCCGGACACAGCCAGCUCAUCCUCUGUCCCAGCCGGCUCACAGCUCGCCUCUAUCUUAUUCGGCUCUGCCUCCCCCUCCAGCAGCUCCGCCGUUCCCUCCGGCUCGCGCCUCCCUAACUCUGGGGCCUUGUCAUCUGCCAACGAUACGACGACCACUGCGGCCCUGACUAUCCCUGGGCAGACUAUUCAGGUACUCCCCAUUGGGUUGGGUGUAUUCGCUGGGAUCAUGGUGAUCGCCAUUAUCGUCGUGUGUAUUGUCACCUUCGAGAGGACACAAUAUAGGAAGGCAUUCCGUGCACGGAAGAUGGCCGAGCAAGGCGGUGCAAUGGGGUAUGGUGGUAUGGCUGAGCGCGUCUGA